CUCCUUUACGGGAAGUGAUGUGGGGCCCGACGGAAAAUACCCGCCGAGGACCCAAAAAAGGCCGUCAGCGGGUGGACGCGGCGCGCACAGAAGGAGCGGCGUGGGGACCGCGGGCGGAGCAGCGUCCCUCCUGGGUUGGGCAGAUUCUCCCGAGAAGACCAUUUGAACCACCUGUCUGUGGAGUAUGCCUGCCUUCUGGAAGUCCAGUGUGUAGGUGAACCACUGAGUUCUUCAUUAUGUCUGAUGGAGACUAUGAUUACCUCAUCAAGUUUUUAGCUCUGGGAGACUCUGGAGUAGGGAAGACCAGUGUACUUUACCAGUACACAGAUGGUAAAUUUAACUCCAAAUUUAUCACGACAGUCGGCAUUGAUUUCAGGGAAAAGAGAGUGGUGUACAGAGCCAAUGGACCAGAUGGAGCCAUUGGCAGAGGCCAGAGAAUCCACCUGCAGUUAUGGGACACAGCAGGGCAGGAGAGGUUCCGCAGCUUGACAACCGCAUUCUUCAGAGAUGCUAUGGGGUUUCUUCUGCUUUUUGAUCUGACAAAUGAGCAAAGUUUCCUCAGUGUCAGAAACUGGAUAAGCCAGCUACAAAUGCAUGCAUACUGUGAAAACCCAGAUAUAGUGUUAUGUGGAAAUAAGAGUGAUCUGGAAGACCAAAGAGUAGUAAAAGAGGAAGAAGCCAGAGGACUUGCAGAGAAGUAUGGAAUCCCCUACUUUGAAACUAGCGCUGCCAAUGGGACAAACAUAAACCAAGCGAUUGAGAUGCUCCUGGACCUGAUAAUGAAGCGAAUGGAACGGUGUGUGGACAAGUCCUGGAUUCCCGAAGGCGUGGUGCGAUCCAACGGUCACACCUCUGCAGAUCAGUUGAAUGAAGAAAAGGAAAAGGGGUCAUGUGGCUGUUGAAGAGUCCUGCGAGCUGCACAGUAAUUCAGGUGGCUCACGUCUGUGACCUGCUCUACGGUGAUAUACGGCACAGGGAGAAAUUAACGGGCAUUGUGUACAAACUGCUUCUCACCGUCCCGGUUAGACCUAUCAGUAAAGCAUCCAGUUUUAAACUUA